AUGGUGCACGGGCAUGCACUCUACCAUAUGCAGCACCGCCCUCUGGAGGCGCGGGCUAUCGACGAGAUAAUCGCCAAUCAUGAUUCCUCUUUGGUGGAGCGCGACAAUGUCGUUAUCGUCUAUAAAACACUCUCGGCGGACUUUGAUGGUGCCAUUGGAGGCUAUGUGACGGAGGGUCAAACUACCACUACGUCUGCCACGAGCACUAAGACCAACAACGUCGGUGUCGGCCCAGCUGUAGGCGUUACGAAGACGACCACUGCAGAGACAACAAAAGCGACAGCGGCCACCACCAAGGAGACCGCCAAGGAGACCACAGCCGAUACGACUACGACUGAAAAGACCAAGGCAGAGGCUACCAAGACCACCGAGAAAACGUCAGCAACAAAUACGUCAGCCGACACAACCCAGGCGCCAUCUUCCUUUGUCACUUCGGCCUCGCAAACUACCGCAGAUAGCAGCCAGGAUGUGAACCGUCUUGCAGCGACCUCAACCGCAUCGGCCACCAACUCUGGCGCCUCUUCGUCAGCUACGACAGCCGCAGCUUCAUCAGGGAUGUCUGGUGGUGCCAAGGCCGGUGUCGCAAUUGGAGUUAUCCUCGGCAUCGGUGUCAUUGCAGCCCUGAUCUUCUUCUUGGUCCGGAAGAGGAAGCGCAACCAGGAGCCGGUUGAGAUUCAGAAUGAGAAGGAGGCCUUCUCUCUCCCGCCUCCUCCUCCUCCCAUGAAGCCCUCCACUCCCUCAACGCCUCCUCAGCUUAGCGUGCGUCCAAUUACUCAGUUUGCGCCUGAUCUGAGCAGCAAUGGGGGCUUCAACCCAGCGACUGCCGUUGCAGCCGGUGCAAUUGGCGCUGCUGGAGCUGGCGCGGCUGGUGCAGCCGUGGCUUCUCGUAAUCUCACUGGUAACUCACCGCCUCCUACUCCGCCCAAGUCUAGUUCCAGCGCCCAGAACCCGUUCAGCGAUCCUGUCAAUCCCUUCAACCCUCCCACACCCGUGGUUGAAGAGGCUGCGGCUGCCGUCCCCUCUGAUGCUGCUAUUGCGGCAACUGCCGCUGGCGCUAGUGCUGCUGCCGCUGGUGUUGUUGCUGCCGCGGCUGUCGCGUCCCAUGGAUCUGAUAAUGAACCGUCUAGCCGCCCUGCCUCGCAAGAGUCGGGUGCGGGAGUGCCUCCUAGCUCUUCGCCUAACCGUGUUAGUGCUGAUGGGGAGUCUGUUUCAUCCGAGGUUCUCGCUGCCGCUGGUGCAGCAGCAGUUGGCGCUGGAGUUGGUGCUGCUGUCGCUGCCGGUGCUGCCGGUGCUGGAGCUGCUCCUGGACCGAACAACGUUCAUCGUGUGCAAAUGGACUUCCAUCCUUCAGCGGAUGACGAAUUGGAACUCCGCUCUGGCGCUCUGGUCCGGAUGCUUCAUGAGUAUGACGAUGGAUGGGCCCUGUGCGUUCGCCUGGAUCGUUCGCAGCAAGGAGUUGCUCCGCGCUCCUGCUUGUCUGCGCGUCCUGUGAAGCCUCGCCCACGUCCACCUCCUGGAGCUGGCCCCGGCCCCGGCCCUGUUCCUCGUGGGCCGCCCCCACCGAUGGGCCCUAACGGACGCAUGUCAGGCCCGCCUCCCCCCGGCCGCUUCUACCCCCAGGGUGCCCGGCCCGGUUCCCCUGCUGGUGGCCCUUACCAGGGCCCGCCCCGAGCCCCCUACCCCGGCCGUUCAAUGUCUCCCGCGGCUGCUUUCCCUCCCGUGCCUCGUUCAAUGUCCCCAGGCCCUCGCUCCAUGUCGCCUGGCCCCCGCUCGAUGUCACCCGGUCCGCGAUCAAUGUCUCCCGGCCCCGGUGCUCGGCCAGGCCCUGGCCCACGUUCCAUGAGCCCAGGUCCUUAUGGUCCUGGAGGUAUGCAGCGGCCGGUGAUGCCCGUCAACCAACGGCAGCGCAGUAAUAGCGCAGGCAACAUCUCUCCGCCCACCGUUGGCGGCGUUGCUCCCCCCAAGUCCAGCCCGCUAGUUGCAGCCGAGGCCCCAGGUCCAGCUCCCACAAGUGAUUUGCCCGCCCUUCCACCUUCGGCACCUACCUCACCAACGGGGUCUCAGAUCAACCGAAAGCCCGUCCCCACACAGGACGCUUGA